UCUCUCUCUCUCUCUCUCUCAUUUUUAUAUAUGCACGGUUAGCUGCAUAAGAAUAUUCCGCCCUAACCAUGGUAAAGUGACAAACAUUGCGCCGUUGUAAAGGGAGACGUCACCCUCGGCACCACCAUGGAGGCCGCCUUGUUGAUGUUUGAAUUUCAGGUGUUGCGCGAUUUCCUCGUUUCUGCUGUACCAGCGAAGGUAAUCAACAUAACCACCUCCAGCUUCAUCUAGUCACCCUGCAAUGGCCAGCAGGACACUAGAAGCUGGGGAUGGGCUGCGAGGGGAGCUGGACAGCCUGGGGUACCGAGAACCACUGCCCCCAGAUGCCCUUCCCCUCGUCCGCCGUCUGCUGCUGGAUCUGAAAAAAACGAAGGAAGCGGAGGGACACUGCAAGGUGCUCUUGGCUGAGGCUUGUGAGAAGUGUGAUGUGUUGGAGGCCAGCGUGGGUCCCUUCCAGGAGGAGAACGGCCGCCUCCUGACGCAGAUCAACAAGCUACACAUGGCCAACCUUCGUCUCAGGGAGCAGAAUGAGAAGCACGACAAAGAGCUAGAGAACGCCGUGGAGAAGUUAGCGGAGGAGAACCGAGGUCUGAGGCUCCUGGCGGGGGAGUACCAGCGGCAAAUCGAGCAGCUGGAGGCCGAGAGUCGCAAGAAGGGGGAGAGGAUACUGCAGCUUCAGGAGAGGAACCUUCGGGCUGUGGUCACGACUCCGGGAGGGGGCAAGAGGCCCAUCGCUCAGCAGAGGCAACGUCUAGAAAUCACAUCUACGCUUCUUCCACACAACAGCAACAUGUCUUCCUUCAAGUGUUCAAACUGUGGGUGUACCACGGUCCAUGGCCCCAACACCAGCAACAACAACAAGAAAAACAAUAAUAAUGACAGCAACAAGAGUGGCUACAACCACCACCACCACUGCCACGACAGGGACACCAACACCAGCGACAGCAACAAGAACAAGAACGGUGACAACAAUGACCUCUACCUGGCUGACCUGCUGAGGAUGACGGACCACAAGCUGCUGGACCUGCAGAGGGAGGUGGAGCAGAGCCAGCGACACGCCAGGCAGUAUGAGAACGAGUGUGUCACCUUGAAGAAACAGAUUGCAGGACGAGAGGCAGAGAUCAGCAGGCUGGAAGGGCUGCUGGAGGGGGGCAGGUCAGCAGCAGCUGUGGUGAGGGACAACAGGCUGCAGGCUGCCCAGUCACACCUCCACCAGCUGCAGCUACAUAACGACCUGCUCACCAAGACCAACCUGCAGCUGGAAAACAAGCUCAAAAACAUCCUUGGGGAGACACACGAGGCGAUGACACGUGCAGUGGAGCUUGCCGAUGAGAACACUGGCCUGACCCACGACCUCCACGACGCAGAGAGCACCCACCGCUUGCUGGAGGAAGACGCUCUCUCAACCGCCCAGUCCCUCUCCCACCGACUCCACCACACCAGGAGCAAGUUGGCGCAGUGUGAAGGCGACCUGUCUGAGCAGCACCGCAUGUACCACCUGAUGAGGGACGAGAGGGACCGCCUGCAUGGGGAGCUCGUGCACACCCGCCACCAGCUGUCUCGCCUCACCCACGAACACACCCGCCUUCUCACCCAGCAUGCACCCCUGGAGGAACAGCUGCGGAGGGGACAGGAGGAGACGAAGACUCACCUGGACCGCAUCAAUCACCUGACCCUUUCAUUGCAAGAGGCAGAGGGGGAAAAGCGUAACUUGUCAGCGGACGGUGAAGCGUUACGCAUGACCAUCGUGGAGCUGAAGGCCCAGAAGGAAGCCCUGAACCGCAGCCUGGCGCAAGUCAAGGAGGAGAAGGAGGCGGCCACACAGGGGAAGGAGUUCUAUGCAGCCGAGACAGAGAAGCUGGGGCGGCUCAAAGGGGAGGUGGAGCAGGAACGAGACUACUACAAGGAGGAGUCUGCCAAGUACCAGUCCCAGUCCUCAGCCAUGGAGCAGGAGCGAGACCUCUACAGGGAGAAGAGUGCCGAGCUGGAGCGUGAGAAGCAGCUGCUGGAACAGUCAAGGUCCUUCCUUGGGGAUGAUGUAGCCAAACUUCAGUCACAGCUGCGUCAGGUGCAGCAGGAACGUGACUACUUCACUGACCAGCUGAACCAUACUCAGGGCGAGAAGAGGCAAGCUGAGCGUGAGCGUGAAUACUACAGCGAGCAGGUGGUGCAGCUGCUGGACCUGCUCAAGACCAAGCCCUCCUCCACCCCCUCCACCCCCAUGCAGGUGUCCCGGCCUCGACCCAAGACUCACUCACCAGAAACAGAGUUAGCGCGGCUGCAGUAUGAGAGGGAUGUGUUUCGGCAAGAGCGUGACUUUUACAAAAUGCAGUACCAGUCCCUCAAGAGCCAACGUGAUGUGGGUUCUGGGGGUUCCCUCGCAUCUGGGAGUCUACCGGGGGCCACAGUGACCACUGCUGGGGCCCCUACCACUGCUACCACCAGUGCUGCUGCUGCUGUUACCUCACCCACAGGCAUUGGCCCCACCACCACCACUACUGCCGGUGGUGUGCCAGGGGUGGGGCCAGUGUCCGGUAGUCCCAGGGGUGUUGGAGCUGUAGGAGCACCGCCGCCCCGGCCCCUCAGUGUGCCCAUUGGGGCAGCUGACGUGGAGACCAUACGCAGGGAAAGAGAUUACUUCAAGCAGCAGAUGGAUCACUUGAAGCAGCAGAUGGAGUACUUCAGGCAGCAGGCUCAGAGUGCCCGAGCUGCCCCUGUCGUGCCUGGGCUGGGCAUGGCCAUGGACAGUGACAGGGCCUCCAUGCGGGGACCACUCACUAGGGGCUCCUCUGAACCCUCCCCGCCCCUGGACACCAGCGAGCCUUCAGGACCAACGCUACGGGGGGAGCUGAGAGCCUACCAGCAGGAGAGGGACUUCUAUAAGCAGCAGUAUGAGAACCUUAAAGCCAGCAUGGCCCAGCCCCACCCUCAGGCAAGGGGGCCUGAGGAGGUGGACAUGAGUGGCAUUCUGAGGGAGCGGGACACCCUACAGCAGGAGAGGGACUUCUUCAGGAGUCAGUACAACGACCUGUCUCGCAGGAUGGCACAACUCACUUCCACGGGGCCUACCAUCUCACAGACCCUGCGGCAGGAGAUGGAGGCCCUCAUGGCGGAGAAGCGAGGUGCCAAUAUUGCCCGGGUCGACCUUGAGAGCCAGGUGAGGAUUCUGACGGAGAGACUGGCGGAUUCUGAGAGGGAGAAGGCGGAGAUAGAUUCCCACACCAGAGACCUCCACGCAGCCAUUGAGAAAUUGCAGGAUGCUGCCACUCAGAGGUUCCCGCCCUCCACGCAGGCCUUCAUCCUGGAGGUGCGCAAGGCCCGGGAUGCUGCCAUGGGUGACCUUGACAAAGUGAAAAAAGAGCGUGAUCAGCUCAGGGAGAGGCUAAGAGCAGCCACCACCCAGCAGGUGAGGGAGAAAGCAACGCUAGAGGAGGAAGCGUCCAGCCAGCGCCGCCUGGCAGAGGACGGCAGCAGGACGGCCACUGAACUGCAGCAGCGCCUCAACUCACAGUCAGCACUGGUGGCUUCCCUGCAGGACCAGGCACAGAAUCUGCAGGCUGCCCUUCAGCAGGCCCAUGAUCAGCUUGGCAUGCAGGGCAAGCAGUCUGAGGAAGUGAAGCGACUCUUGCAGCAGAAGGUUGGCGAGAUGGGUGACACUGAGCAGCAGCUUGAGCUUCGGCUGAGGGAGCUUAGCGCCAGGGAGGGGCGCCUCAGGGAGCUGGAGGCAGAGCUGGCCAGGGUGAGGGGGGACCUGGCUGACUGUCGGGCGGAGGUUACUGGUCUGAGAGCGUCUAUGUCCCGCCUGGACCACGACAAGGACCUUCUCAGUACUGAGCUGGACAGCAAGACGGAGGGCCUUGCAUCCCUGCGGGAGGAGCUGCGGAAGAGGGAGGCGUUGGUGGCGCAGCUGGAGUCGUCUGUCACCAGGCUGGAGGGCCGCCUCGAGGCCUCGGUGUCGGCGGCCACGGCGGCGGAGCGGCGUGGCGACAGGCUGCAGCAGGACCUGGUGGCGACGACCCAGGCCAGGGACGCCGCCAACAAGGAGAUACGGCGGCUGCACAAGGAGCUGAUGGGCCUCACGCAGGAGCACAAGAAGCUUCGCGAGGAGCUGGACAAGUGCAUCACCUCCAAGGACAACUUUAAGAAGAAGGCCCAGGAGUACUGCCGCACCCUGGAGGAGAUGACCCACGUGAUGGCAUCCAAGGAUACUGACCAGUCCGCCCUGAGGAAGCAGUACUUAAGCCUGAAGGAGACGGUGUCCUCCCUGAACUCCCUCAACGCCACCCUGGAGGAGGCGGCCACCACGCGGCAGGAGGAGGUGAACAAGAUGGAGCAGCUCAUGGCCAAGUUCAAGGAGGAGCGGGAGCAGCUCAUCUCACAGGUGAUGGAGGCAAGUCAGCGGAGCGAUGAGCUGGAGGAGGAGUGCCGCAAGCUGGAGCAGGAGAAAUACAAAGUGGAGAAGGACCUGCUGGCCACCCGGGAUAUGGCUAAUAAGCUGGACAUGCGCCGCGGACAGGCCGAGUCAGAGGUGGCACGACUCUCAGCAGCACUACAGAAGGAGACAGAGGAUCGUCGAGGGCUGGAGCACCAGGUGGAGGCGCUGGCCGGGCAGCUGAGUGGAGAGAGGUCAGCCGUGCGUUCACUGGAGGAGACGCUGAACCAGAAGCGCCGCACAGAGUGGUCCUCGGAGGCCAGCAUCAAGCAGCUGGAGGUGGAAAAGAGCCAGUUACAGCGCAAGGUUUCUGAGUUGGAGAGUCAGCUGGAGGAUGAGGUGCGGGAGAGCAAGCGUCUGCGCACUCAGGCGGCAGAGCUGGAGUCCGAGCUGGAGCGGCGGAAGCGGGAGCUGACGGAUGAGCGCUUCGAGCGGGAGCGCGCCAGCCAGGAGCUGCGGCGGGUACAGAGGUUCCGUAGUGUUAGCCAAGCACUUGACGCCCUGGACAGUGGGUCACCGGCUGCCACCGCCACCACCACCCAGGGCACAGGACCCCCACAGGUGGCCCGCCCCCCCUCCCCCCCACAUCCACCGCCACCACAACGACGGAGUGCGUCAGAAUCCCCCCGUCCUGGCCCCUCCACCCAGCAGGAGGAGCAGAGAGGGGCAAUCCGUGCCCCUUCUGUCCCCCUCCACUCCUCCUCCUCAGACACUGGACUGGAGAGGAGUCAGGGAGUGUCUAGCAGCUCAGACUCACACCAUGAGCCGUGGCGUUUGGCCUUCGGGAGCCGGAGCAGACUUGGGCCGCCUCCCUCGGCCAGCCAAGAGAGUGUGGCCCUGCCCCCCCCUUCACAGUCCCAUAGGGCCACCCCUUCACCCCUCAGGGAGGCAAUGACCCUUUCUGUAGCAGCCUCCACCCUCCCCUCCCAUUCUGCAGCACAGGCCAGCCCAUUGUCCACCUCUGCCACCCAUCCCAUCAGGAAGGGACCCUCAUUCUCCCAGAUUACAACCUCCUCCCCAUGUUCACCUCGUGCUGGUACCACCACUACAGCCCCGUCCUCCUUGGGCCCCUCCCCUGCCUCCUCCCAUGCCCCCCUGCCCAGCGUGCGGCCUAAGAACAGGGAGCAGCGGCCCAGCCCCAGUCGCACCGACUCUGACUCCUCACCUUGACCUGACCUGACCCAGCAUUAGCUCUCUCAACCUAGCCUGACUGUUUUAAGUUAAUUUACCAAGAGAUAUUGACCUUCCACUUUCCUUCCAGGCCACCCCUCCCAUUGUCCCACUCCUCAUCCCUCCCCCCACGCAGAGCCCCUUCCCUGCACCCAAAAGUAGAUAAGGCUUGCCAGUACACACACUACUUCUUGUGUACAAAUUUGUUUGGAUACAUUCCAUGUAGAACCUUCAUGUCUGUCUGUUUGUCUUUUAGAAACUGUCCCUCUGUCACAGUAUAUAGCUAUACAUGUAUCGUCACUAGUUUACGUCUAUGUGCACACACCCGUGUGUAAUGUAUUCAUUCACACAUGCCAACUGUUUGUCUUUCAAUUUUAGAAUGACAUCCUUCCAUCAUGAAUUUUGGAAUGAUUCUUGUAACUGUUAAGUCACCCUUGUAUCUUGACUGUCUGACUCUGAUGUAACCGUAUUUAAAUCACUCAUCCACCACCUCCACCACCACCACUUUUACUCCACCAACACCAUCACCAACAGUAAUGACCAUCACCACCACUAUUCCUUGGUACUCAGCUGCCUUCAACAGUAGUCUUUGCUAGAAUGCUUAACUAACAGAGGUACAUUCUAUUACCUAUCAUUUUCCCGUGCCUUGACUAAUUUAAGUUGUAUUGUAAGUUUUUUUCUAAUUUCAAUAUGACAGUGUUAAAUUUUCUUGUGAUAUUGUUAGAUUUCCCUUUGAAUUCUAUGACUGAGCAAAACUUUAGCAUUGGAUAUAUCCUCUAUUUUGUGUACCAAAGAUAGUUAGGAGGAAUAUAUUCAGCGUAAGUCUUUCACCUUUGCAAAUCAUCAUAUUAUUCCUGCUAUUUCUACUUUCAGGCAUUUUCUUCACCCUCAGAUGAAAAUGAUAAAGCCCCCUCAUUUCUAGGCUAAAUUUCUUCUGCCUGGUUAACAUGUCUCAUCACCACAUUGUUCCCAUCUCUUCUAGGUUCGAAUUUCGCUCUUGUAAGACCAACCGACCGCCUUGCUCUCAGGCCAACACUCACACCUGCUUUUCCGUGGCGGGGUAACAAAUGUCUCGUGUGGAGGUGCGAGUGUGAAGGAGAGUACGCAGAGUUUGUUCACCACUUUGUAUGCAGCCUUCCUAUAAAUGCUCAUGUUAAGGGAGAUGCCUGAGGUAUAAAAAUGAACUAGUGUUAAAGUGUUGAUAAGUAUUCUUUAUUUUGACAAAGGUUUUUUACACUUCACUUCCAGUUAUUGCUCGUGCUAGACAGAAAGCAAAUCUAGAAGGCUCGGCCGGGGUACAAAAAUGAACUAAUGCUAAAGUAUAGACAAGCAUUCUUUAAUUUGAUGAUAGUUUUUUUGUUUUUUUGUAUUUGUUUUUGUACUUCACCUCAGUUUUCUAGUUCAAUCUUUUUACCAGCACAAGCACUAAUUGGAAGGGUGAUCAUGAACUGUCAAACACUUCAAUUUUCAUAAGCGCUAUCAAAGACAAGGAGGGAGUGGACGAGAGUGGGGAGGUGACGGCUUUUGAGGGAGUGAGGAGGAGCAGCCGUCCGAUGAGAGGAGAGACGGAAGGAGUGGUAUUGAGGUCACGCGGAAGAAUGAGUCAGCUGCUUGGUGUGUGAAGGUCUACUUUUGGCUAUAGUUUUAUAUAAUCAAAAGUAAGGCUAAGUUUUAUAUAGAGGCUAACAGUAGUAAAGAAGAAAUAAUUUUGUAAUCGGUAUGUCAUUUUUGUCCUCUUUUAUAUGAUGUGCUUUUUUCCUAAGUUAUAAUGUGUUCUGUAUCCAUGGAAUCUGUAUAGGGUUGGCUUGUGCAUGUGUAUUUAUCUUUACUAGAGUUUGGUAUGUAUAGUGCUCUGUUUAAAUAUGUAAGAGCUGGUGGUGGGGUGAGUAGUUACCAUGCAGAGUAGAGAAGAGGAGGGAGAGCACUGAAUAGAUAUGUGGAGGUAGAGCUGUAGGCAAUGAGUCUUGGCAUCGAGAGAGUGUGAGGGGAAGGGGGAGGGGGAGGCUGUACAUGUGAAGGAAGGGAAGGGUAAGGGUUGUUUAUAGAUUGGGUACGGAGAACCAUUACUAUUCCUUUGUGAUAGAGGAGCCUUGUGAUGUGGAGACAUUAUUAGCCUUAGAUGAAGUGAAGAUGAUUGGUUGAAAGUAUGUUGAGAUAAAGGAAGAACAAAAGUAGAUGUUUGAACAGUGCAUAUAAAGGAAACUGAAGGACUACAUUGCUUGUGUGCUGAGUGUUUCAUGUUGUUACUAAGGGCUGUUCCUAAUGGCUGUUUGCCUAAAGAAAAUGACUGUAGUACAUAAGCCUUUGAAGUGUGCUUUUUUAGGGAGCUUAAUAAUUAGAUUUCUAAUGUGCUCAAAGUACCAGUCAGUCAACACCAAAGUCUGUUGCUUUUGGUGGAAUAAGAGUUCAGUAGGUCUAUAAUUGCCAGUCAACUAUCGUAAGGGACAUGAGUUUUCUGAAUCAGCCGUGUCAGGUGAUGCACGUUUGCAAUAUGUGUCUUGAUGCCAGUGAGUGUCAGUGGUUCCUGGUGCGCAUUAGCCGUGAUGUGUGUGUGCUGACAGGGAGGUGACAUCACGGAUCCUGAGCAUAGUGUGUGGGGACUUGACAAACACAGAUUGGCCGGAGGGUGGGAUGUGGCCUACAUAAGGAAGUAUCCAACUUUUACUGCCAGGAAUUAGCAAAUGUGGUGAGUAUUGUCUUACAUAUGUUUUUCUUUGAGAUUUAUCAUUUAAUUUAAAAAGGCUCCUUCUGUUCAUUUACCAUGCAGAGAUAACUUAACUUCUUGAUGUUCUCACUGAUGGAAUAAGUAAAUCAGUAUGGCAGUACAUGUACCAAGGUUGCAGCCACUUUUUAAUUUUAUUUUUCAUGUUUGGAAGCCAAUUUUUAACAGCUCAUUGAUAGGCUGCAGGAUAUUUGAUUGUGUCCUUGAUGAUAAUGAAGUGAGACUCAAACUAUGUAUGUGUGACAAGAGUACUUAGAUGGUGUACAAGGUUCCUUAUUUCAUUAUGUUGUCUUUAUCAUUUCUUGAAUGUGGUCGCACUCCAGGUUAAAAGUAGAAACAGGGUGAUCAUUAUUGUGACUUAUUUAUCUACUUACUAAUUAUAUGCAUACAUUUUCAUUAAUUUCAACUUGAUGGGUUCAGGUAGCUGAAAAAUUACUUAGACAUUUGCCACUGGAGUUAGUUAUAUUUUGCCAUUUGGCAGGACUCUGAGAUGUCUCUGCCUGAUGGUGCUGUGUGUGCCCUUAAGAGAUGCUGGACAUCCUUUGCCUGCUUGAAGCCUCGUCAUGUAAGCGCUCACAACCAAAUUUAGCACCCGACGCCAUGCCACAAGACUUGUUUAUGUAGGAUUGAGUAACAAACAUAGAUUGAACAUGACUCGGUUCACGUUAGAGACUCAGAGGUGACAGACAAAAAAAGAAACGCACAAAGUCGUAUGACAGUUCUUUUCUCAGAACAUUUAGAUAGCACAGGAUUUUUAACACUUAGGGGAAUAUCCUCACUGAAAGUGGUGAUAAAGGUUUAUACAAAACCGCCAUCUUUGAUAGUUUAAAUAAAAUGCUAAUAUAUUUUUGUAAGUAAAAAGAACAAUGUGUCAACGUUUUUACCAGAA